CCCUGCGUGAAUUUCAAAUAAAGUAAGUAAAUACAAGUUAAAAAACAACAUUUUCUUGUCGCACCUCCCUAACACGGGUAAAAAAAAUGUAGAUUCUUAGAUCGAACCUGUUGAAAUGCUUGCCGCUCGUAAGUAUUAAAACGAAAAUAAGAAGAGAUUUUUAAAACAAUUUGGAUUAAAUUAUGACUGACAAAAGUAUUUAAGCAAUGAAAAAUUUACUGUAAUACUCCUUAAUACGAAUUGUCAAACAAUGCAUAUGACAUGUCGGGCGUGGCUUUUAGAACAAGGGCCACAAAAUAGGUCACAGAAUAAAGGCUUCGAAAAGUGACUGCAAAAAACAGCAGUAUGUGCACAGCAGUAAAAUGCAAGAAUUUUUCUAACUAAAAAAUUAACGUGACUGAAUAUCUUUCAUUAUUUAGUCAAAAAAAAAAAAAAUGCAUUCGGUUGGUAUCCACUCCGCUAUGGCAAUAAAACGCCAAAGGAAGCGACGUGAUGAACAAAAGCGAGCCAAAGAACGGCGCUACAGUACUCAAAGUUCAGAGAGUGGAGAAACUUUUCACUCGCCAAGUGGAUCUGUAAGACGGAAAUACCAUCAUUCACAACAUUCGUCAAAACCUGGACCCGGUAUGCUUGAUAGCCAGGUUGUCACCAGUAUUGGAAUGUAUCAUAUAGGGAUUGUAUUUAUCGUUUUUGGAGUUUUUUUGUGUGGGGCAGGUAUAAUCCCAGAUGAAACAAUGUCCUGGAACGUUUUUAGUUCAAGUUCGGCAUGGUGGAACGAAGUAACGUGUACCGGUUUAUUUUCAUUAGGGCUGGGCCUGUUUCUUCUAAUUUUAAACUGUUUAAUAAGCCGAAAGGAGGAGGAAGAUCUUGAGGACUAUGUCCAACGUCAACUGACUAGAUCUCGUUCAGGUCACCGCCUUGAACGAGAUGUAGAGACCGGAGUACUAACAACUCGACAUACGCGCAAAGCUGUUGCUCUUCAAAAGAAUAUUCGAAACGGCUCACCGACUGAUGUUGCAAUCGUAAAUAAUUGCUUGGGAGAAAAUAUAUCAAAUGAAGCUAUAAUUGGGCGCAAUGGUCUUAGCAAUUCUGGUGAUAUAUUACUUGAAAAGAUUAUUGAAGAAGAUACUCCUUAUUUAAACGAUCGAAGCGCAGGAAUAUCCCCAAUUGAGGUAGAAAAUGAUACGAAGCAGCUUUUAAGAAGAGAGUCUAUAACAGAUACAAUCAAUAUAACAAGAAUAUAGGAUACUUAGGCUAU